CCAGAACGGAAACAGACUGAAACACUCGCGCUUUACGAGCGGCACCUGAAGGCAUCGCGGGCGUGCAGCUGAUAACCGGGAGAAAGGAAGUGCCGUCGCAUCACCGCCGCUGCCACGUCUGACGGAUCCUCCUCCUCCGCAGCAGCAGCAGCAGCAACAACGGCGACGGGAGCGAGCACCCGGGAUGAUGGGCCGGUGCCGGGCGCUGUGGGGAUGAGAGGCAGAGCGGUGGGAGUCACCGAGGAAACGCAACGGAAGGAGCAGACGGAGGGGGAGAGGAAGCGCGCAGAGCCACGGCCCCACCGGCUUGAAACGAGAAGCUCCCCGCGCAGCUCCGAGCUGGAGACGAGCGACGCGGAGAAGCCGCAGCUCUUUUGUUUCGCACGGAGCGGCUUGUGUCUGCGCGUUCCCCGGGCCCGGCAGGAGAGGGUGGCCCCCCAUGCUGAACUCGCCGGGGGAAUGGAGGAAUUCGUGACCGAAGAGGAAGAGCCGUGGUACGACCAGCAGGACCUGGAGCAGGACCUCCACCUGGCGGCAGAGCUGGGAAAGACUCUUCUGGAGAGAAACAAGGAGCUGGAGGAUUCCCUGCACCAGAUGUACAUCACUAAUGAAGAGCAAGUGCAAGAGAUCGAGUACCUGUCCAAGCAGCUGGAGGUGCUUCGGGACAUGAACGAGCAGCAUGCCAAAGUGUACGAGCAGCUGGACGGGACCGCCAGGGAGCUGGAGCGCACCAACCGCGCGCUGGUGAUGGACAGCCGGGGCUCCCAACAAAAGAUAGAGGCGUUAACGGGGACCAUAGAUGCUUUGCAGAACCAGGUGGAGUCUCUCUCGGGGCAGGUGGAGCAGCUUGGCGCCAUGGAGCAGCUCCGAGUCAGGAGGGAGAAGAGGGAAAGGCGCAAGACCAUCCACUCCUUCCCUUGUCUGAGGGAGCUCUGCACGGCACCCAGGUAUGAAGACGAGUUUGUGGUGGGCCGGGCUGAGAGCUUCACAGUGGACGCCAAGCGGCCUCCGUUCGAGGAGGAGAACCAGCACCUGAGGGAGGCGGUGUCGGCUCUGCGAGCGGCCGCCCGCACCGAGAGGGGGCGGAGGGAGGGGGUGGAGCGGGAGUGCAACCUGCUCCUCGGCGAGUUCUCCCGCCUGCAGACGCGGGUGCAGGACGCCGAGAGCUGCCAGGCGAGGGUGCGCGAGCUGGAGGUGGAGCUGCAGGAGCUCCAGCAGCUGCGCCGCGCCCGCACGUUCCUGCUGGGCAGCGAGGACGACGGCGUGACCCUCACCCAGACGGUGCUGAACAGCACGCCGGAGACCGACACCUUCCUGGAAGUGGAGGCCGGGGAGGCGGGAGGGGGCGUGAGGGAGGAGACGGAAGGCGGCGUGGGCGUCGGCGGCGAGGCUCUCCCAGAUUCCAGCCCGGUGAGGAAGAGCUGCAGCGACACGGCGCUCAACGCCAUCGUGGCGCGCGACGCCUCCGGCCGCCGCAGGGGCAGCUACGCCCUGCACGCCAACAGCGUGAGGAAGAGGGGGAUGUCCAUCCUCAGGGAGGUGGACGAGCAGUAUCACGCCCUGCUGGAGAAAUACGAGGAGCUGCUGGGGAAGUGUCGCCGCCACGAGGAGAGCCUGUGUCACGCCGGGGUGCAGACGUCCAGACCCGUGUCCCGGGACCCCUCCAUGAAAGACUGCGCUAUGGGCCCCACGCCGGCGCCUCCGCCCACCCCCACCCAGUCGCCCUCCACCCCCGAGGCCAUCGAGAGCAUCGGCAAGCAGGUGGAGGCGGUGGAUAAGAGGCUGGGGCAGAACACUCCAGAGUACAAAGCGCUUUUCAAAGAGAUCUUCUCUCGGAUCCAGAAGACCAAGAUGGACAUCAAAGCUACCAAAGCGGCGAAGGCCGGCAAGUCUGGCAAAUCCGGCAAGUCUAGUAAACAGUAAAAGGUGCAGCGGUUAGCUCGGAGGUGGGGGGGGACUACAACGCGCCAUCUCCGUGUUAAGUGUCUUAUAGAGGGUAGUAGUUUGGAACAGCUCAGUUCAAUACAGGUCAUCCAUCUGUACAAGCGGGUUUGAUUAGCAUGUGAUUCAUUCGGAAAGCUUUGCAGAAAUGCAUCCUAUUUAUAAAAAACCCAAUGUAUUUAGUCCAGCACUGGAUUGAGUUCAGCCCUCGUCCUGCUCACACUCCGUGUUAACAACUAAAUAUACCGGCUUCCCUGCCUGACUGUAGGCAUCCGUCACAACAAUAAAACGAUCGCAGUUGGCCUCACGAAGUGCACAACAUGUCAAAGCUUCACAAAAUAACACUCACUGACAAACGAGUGGAAUUCGAAAUAUUCUACUAACAUAAAUCUGUAUUUUUUUCCCCGUGGUUUUAUAAUGGCCUCUACUAACACUUGCAUAGUCUCAGUUAGUAAAAGCAGGAUGGACCCUCUCAGGCUACAGUCGGCCUCUACGAGGAGCUCGGGGGGGGCGGUGAGUCACCUGGUGUUGCUCGGGGCACAGUACGCGCGCACAACCCGCUUUUAGCUUCACGGAGGCCUUUUCGUGUGGAUGACGUCGCUACCUUUGCACCGCUCUCUGUGUGCCUCGUCCGCUUAUCUAGAGAUUGUGGAGGAACAGCUGCGUUCCUGUCGGGUUGUUCUGAACGUUGAUGCCACUCUCCUUUCCGUACGGGUCAUUUGAAAACCACAGCUUACCCGAGCUCAGCAUUAAGACGGUGAGUGUGGGGUGGGCGGCAGACUGUUUCCUACCAAGCUAUUUUAGAUAUAACAUUGAACAUUUGUUAGCUUUGAACAUAGCGAUGCUAUUGUUUCUGUCUUUAGAUAAGCAAGCUAUCCGAGUGCUACCUUUUAGCGUCAUAUUGAGCAACACAAUGCUGGACAAGUGUUUAGGCCUGUCACGGUAAUUACUUUAGUUUGACAAUAUAUUCAUUAUAGUAAAAAAUAUUAACCAUACCGUAAGACCAUUUCUAUCCCAGUGAUAUAAUAUAAUGGCAUAAUAAGUGUAGCCUUUCAAACACAAAUACUUAUAGUAUUGAGUAUAUUUAAAUACUCUAUUACGGGGGAAACCCUGCAAUUUGAAAUCUUAAUGUCAACAAACACAAUGGUUUAAGAUGUCGCAAAAUAUAUUCAAAACCUGGUCCAUAUGUUGUACUUAAGUCGAUGGCCUAACGAUGCUCAACAUCACUACGGUAGAUCAAUUAUGUAAUUAUCCUGACAGGCCCACUUAUGAUUACUACUUUUACCACUUGUGCUUGCAUUCAAAGUACUCGCAUUUCUUCCUCGUAAAUACCUUCCCCUUUUAAAUGUUAAUGUCACUUAAGUUCUCACUUUGAAUACUGAAGAUCUCAACUGGUCAACAUUGGGGCAUCAAUACCAUUAGCUUAUUAAGACACAUUGAUAAUGGUGAGUAGGCUAUAAUCUAAUUAUCUAACAUUGAUGCUAAAAUGCUGCUGUCUUGCAAAAGAAGAUUGUUAUUUUUUACUACUUCCGGGGCGUUACGGACACUCGCCAUGCAGAAUUUAAAUAUAUAUCAAAACAGCAACAAGAAUAAGGCUUCAAACCAGGACUAACAUGCAAACAAAUAGCAAUUUCUCCCAAUAGACACUACAUCAGCCUUUUUUUCCUGAGGAACCUCCCCUUCAUGUGUAAACAUUUUGUGUUAUUUAACGUUCCAACAAAUCGCUCAUUUCCUAUUUAAAUCUUCACCAAAGUUGAAGCCAUAGCUGAGCUUGAAACCUUUCCCAAGCAUCACAGCCGACACCGCGAGGGACCGUACCGUGUGGCAAAUAUGUGGAAAAAGAGCAAAGGAUGGAUGGGAGCUCGCUCCCUGGUGCUGAACAGCUGUGGCAUAUAGGAGUGUAUUUGAGGUCUACCUUGAUGUUAUUUCAAAUAAUUGAAGUGUACAGAGGGAGCAGCCUGUGUUAGCAUAGAACAGAACCAGGCUAAACCAGAUCUGGUUAAAGGUUUGUAAUAUGUAUUUACUGCAAUGUCUAACCUAUUGCACCUGAACAUGAGUGAUGCCUCAUCUUUUGUUAAUUCAGUAUAGCUAACUUGAGAUUGUACUCUUGUAUUUAUUUGUGUCUGAAUGUUUCAGACAUGUUUUUUUUUCCUUUUUCAGUGCCUAUACGUGAAUGUCACUGUCAAAUUAUCUGAAUAAAGUUAUUUGAUUGGCUUUA